UUCCAGAGAGCUGUGUGUUCAUGAUCCUUUGAACAUUAUGGGUUAUUUUAGCAUCCAGUCAAAGAGUCAGAGUAGCUGUCAGGAAAUGCUCUUUAAAUGUUAGUAAAAUAACUUUGUUUUUGUACAAAAUGACUCUGAAUUCAACUCUAUCCCCUGUUCCUUAUUUUAUCCUGGACGCGUACAUCACCGUGGGAACGCUGCGGUACUUCUACUUUGUGAUCGCUCUCACGCUGUACGCUGCCAUCAUUGUUGUCAACGUGCUGCUGAUUGUGGUGAUCUGUGUGAACAGGAGCUUACAUGAACCUAUGUACAUGUUUCUGUGCAGCCUGUUUGUGAAUGAACUGUACGGCAGCACAAGCUUGUUUCCCUUCCUGCUGGUCCAGAUCCUCUCUGACGUUCACACGGUUUCUGUUCCUCUCUGCUUCCUGCAGAUCUUCUGCCUCUACUCCUAUGUGAACGUGGAGUUCUGUAAUUUGGCCAUCAUGUCUUACGACCGAUACUUGGCGAUCUGCUGUCCUUUAAAGUACAACACACUGAUGACCUUCGGCACUGCAGGGCUGUUCGUUGGGGUGAUUUGGUUGUCGUCAGUCAGGUGUUUGAUCACCAUCAUCCUGAGCCUCCGUCUGACGCUGUGUGGGAACGUCCUCAGCAGUCUCUACUGUCAGAACUACAUGAUAGUGAAGCUGGCGUGUUCGAACACCAACCUGAACAACAUUUAUGGGCUGUUUGCCACCACUCUCAGCGUGCUGGUGCCCCUGCUGCCCAUUCUGUUCUCCUACAUGAAGAUCCUGAGGAUCUGCUGUUCCGCCUCUUCUCAGACCAGACAGAAAGCCAUCAACACCUGCAUGCCUCACCUGGUCUCACUCUUAAAUUUCACCUUUGGCUGCUUGUUUGAGAUCAUUCAGAGCAGAUUCGAUAUGAUCAAUGUUCCCAGUGUGCUGCGCUUCAUUCUGUCGCUUUACUUUGGGAUCCUGCAGCCUCUCCUGAACCCCAUCAUUUUCGGGAUGCAGAUGUCAAAAAUACGGAACAUCUGUAAAGAGUUCCUUUAUAAAAGGAGAUUGAGUUUGACGACAAGUUUUACAUUCUAAAAACAAAGAUGUUGGCUCAUUUAGAAAAAGUCAAAUGUGAAACUUCCUGACUUUGUUUCCGUCUCAGGCUGAGAGGAAUGCGGGAUUAAAGAUGUUUAGGAGGGAUGGUUUGUGUGAAAAAAGCAAAGCAGCAGCCAGAGAGAUGCAGUUAAACUGUGAUUGUGUGAGGAGGGAGAAUAAAUUCUGCUUCAUCUUAAAAACCAACAACAUCCCAGCUUAGACCUUUCAAAACCAUGUCAGUCACAAACCUGAUAAAACCUCUGCUCUGAUGUGUUAAAACAUUUUCCCUCGUUUUUGCUCUUUUCUGUCCUAAGGAUCUCUUGGCCGCUGGUUUUAUAGUCUAAUUCUCUUAAAUAAUGCAAUCUGAUUGGUGUUUUUAUGCAUUGUAUGUAUCUUUUCAGCCUCAUUCGUGCUUCUGGCACGGCACAAGCUGCAGCCUGUUCACCAGCUCAAAUAUAGAAAAUUAUCCUGUUUCACAUUUAUUUCAUCUGAGUUUGCUACUUUUAUUAACUGUACAGUAUUUUCUAAUGUUUUAGAUUCACCAUUACUGUACAGUCUCUUGUUCUUAUUCUUAUUUGUGGAUUUUUACCUUUGUCUGGUUCUGCAUGCUUCUAUCACUUUGCUGCUGGUACACCUGAGUCUCCCCAAUGAGGGACAGCAGGUUAUAAUAAGGUAAUUUCUAGCCAUUAAAACAUACACAGAUGUUUUAUUGUAAUCAACUAUAAUAAAAUGUUCAGAAACGGAUGCAAAUUGUAUGUGAAUGGUUAGCUAUUUGGGAGCAGUAAUAAAAUAUA